CAAAUAACCGAAAUCCAAGUUCAAAUAAAAUUAAAACUGUACCCAUCACAACGCUAAAACAUGAGUGUGUCACAGUGACGCCAAACAAAAGCUCAUUAUUUUGUAUCGUCUUACAAAAAUGUAUUAGUAAUUUUUAAUUAUAUUGUGUUAAUUUUAGAGACUUUUAGGCUUUAGUAACGCCUGUUUACUUUUGUAUGGUUAUAUAACAUUGGAAGCUUAUAAAAUGAAGAAGGGAGAUGACGACGAAGGCGAGGGACAAAAUUUGUUUUAUCGUCAAGCUUCCAGCAAAGCUUUCGAGAAAUCUAAUCAGGAAUUUUUGCAAGCUUCGGGUUCAGACGAGCUAGAGUCCAUAACUUCAGUCAAGACAGAGUUAUGUUUACCAUACCUACAAUCUACGUUAUUUGCCUGCUUACUGGAAGAUGGAAUAACGCAGCUCCGCAUUUUAGACGAAUGCAACAACGAGCUUCGUAUCAUCAAGACGAUAGCUGACAUGGCGAUGCUGCGAUCCAAGAAGUUCGAGAUAGAGCGCGGCACCAAAACUACAGACGACCUCUCGAUGGUCAACCCCGGGAACGUCGACAGCAUGCAGUACAAGCUGGACAAAUUGGCUGCAGACAGAAUAUACUGCAACGAAGUUUUGAUGGGGACAUACCUGGAGCUGUCGCUAUACAGAUGCUACAGGACCAUGACGGACAGCAGCCAGGACUUCGUGGACCGAGAAGCUUAUCGGAUGAAUCUCGUUGAUGAAGAAGCUAGGAACAAAGCAUUACGCAAAGAGCUGAUGAGGCAACUGAGACAGCAAAGAAACCACAUGAAGACAGUCGCCUACGAUACUGAUUUGAUUAUAGAUCAGCUCAAGAGUAGGGUGGAGGAUGCAGCAUUGAACGCCGAAACUCGAGGAAGAUACAUCGAGAAUUGGCAGCGCGCCCGCACGGAGCAGCACCAGCAAUCGAUCCUGGAUAAGGAGUCUGGACCGUCCGACUCCAUCGAGUUCUACCGGCUGAGGCUAUCUCAGGAACAGAGGAUACAUGCCGAAGUGGAACUACUCGUGAACAUCUUUAUUAGUGAUACUCUUCAAAAGGUUGAAACCUGGAUGAAUAAGUACGAUACAGACAUGGAAGACAUGGACCUUAAGAUUCAGAUCAUGAAGAAUAAAUAUCAAAGCGCUGUGGAACAAAGGGAGGAAAUGGAGCAAACGUAUGCCUACCACGAGGUGCUCAUGAAGAACUGGAUUCAGUUCAAAGACGAUCGUACGAAGGCUCUAGAAUACCAGGAGCUGAUGACGAAGUCUGCGAUCAUCGUGCAAGCGUGGUGGCGCGGCCUCCUAGUGCGCCUCCAACUUGGGCCCUACAAGCCGCCAAGAAGGAGACCUCCACCCCCAGGGGAAGCUAAAAAGAAGAAAUAAUAAUAUUCUUUAAUAGAAAUUGUAGUAAGAUACCGUAAAACGAGGUGAAUAGGACUUGUGAGGUAAAUUGACAUGGAUUUUGGAUGGUUUUUUUUUCAGUACUAUUGUAUGUUUUCAUAAAUAUUUUUUCACUUAAAAAUAAAUAUGGAAAAAGCCCGAAGUAGUCUUCAAAAUUCGUCUAUAUUUACCUCGCUAGACUUAUUCACCAAGAUAUACCAAUUUAUCCCUUAGCACAAUUUGGAAAAAAAUACGAUAUUCAAGAAUAAAAUCGAAAUUCAAUGUAUGAACCUGUACCUGAUUUGAUUUUCUUCGCGAAAUUUAAUCGUAUUUGACUCCUUAAAUGCAAUUUAAUAAAAUGCAUUUCGGGAACCAGAUAUGUAGCAAAACUGAUUACAAAUAAUUUGUAGUUAUUAUUCUUUGUAUUUUGAUUAUUUAAUAUUUAGUUUGGUAAUACUAUUUACUUGUAGGAAAUAUAUUUAAAUUAUUUCUAAAGUAAAUUCAUGUUUUAAUAUUAACCGGCGGAUGUCUGGACACUAUAAGUUGUAGGUCAUUUCCAAAUUAGGCUGGCAUAAGUACCUACCAACACAUCUCGUAUUUAAGGUAUGCAAAGUCAGCAAGAAUAAGAAUGACAUAAAAGAAAUUAACGUUUUCUGAAGAAAUCAAGAAUCGUUCACGUUAGAGACGUGCCCAAAGAAAGUAGGGAUGCUGCCUUGUACGAUGAAGAUGCGUUUUUAGAUGCCGAGUUCAUUAGAGAGCGGUAUUAUCGGCGCGGAACUCUGUCCCCGUAAUUCCAAGCAUCCGUCUCCAGCACCACAUUUCUAGUGCAUCUAUUUUUUUUCUUAUGAACUUCCCGCAAAGUGCACGUCUCUGCAGCAUAGAGAAAUACUCUCACGAGGCGCUUUUUGGAGGCCUUUGUGAUA